AUGAGUCGCCGCGGCUGUUCCCUGCUCCUCCUCCUUGCGGCUGCGAUCCUGCUGCUCUUGGUCCGUCCGGCGGCCCAGAUCGGAUCCCAGCCUUCACCGCGGGGCGGCGAGGCAUACGUCAUGCUCCUGUACGGCGACGAGUUCUUGUUGGGAGUCCCGCGUGCUGGGGAAGUCGAUCCGCGACACCCGGGCCACCGCGACAGCGUCUCCUAUUACGCCAAGAAGCUCCUCAAGGCUGAUGGCUGGAUAGUGGAAAAGAUCAUUUUUGGAUUAUCAUGCGUCGAUGAUGUUUGUACAGAUAUUUUUCUUAUAUUCUCAUAUGGAGGAAAACGUUCCCUUCUUUGUGCAGUUGUAUACUUGGACGCAGAUACUAUUGUGGUUAAAAGUAUUGAGUAUCUGUUUAAAUGCGUGAAAUUCUGUGCUAACUUGAAGCAUUCAGAGAGGCUUAAUUCUGGAGUCAUGGUAGUGGAACCUUCUGAGACUGUUUUUAGUGACAUGAUGGGCAAAGUGCAAACCCUGUAUUCUUACACUGGAGGUGGUCAGGGUUUUCUAAAUUCGUACUAUAGCGACUUUGCCAAUGCACAUCUGUUUGAGCCAAAUUUAUCCCCAGAGGUGUUGAAAUCUCGACCAGUUCCUGAAAUGGAGCGACUUUCUACUCUAUACAAUGCAGAUGUUGGUCUUUACAUGCUUGCAAACAAGUGGAUGGUCGAUGAAAGUGAACUCCGGGUUAUUCACUAUACACUUGGACCCCUUAAACCUUGGGACUGGUGGACAUCCUGGCUUCUGAAACCUGUAGAUGUGUGGCUGAAUGUGAGGGAACAACUUGCUGAUUAUCUUCCUGGAACUGGAGGGGAAAGAAAUCCUAAUGAUGAGUUUCUAGUGAAGUUCCUUUUUCUGCUACCUCUUUGCCUUCUGUUCUUUGGGUACUACCGAUCUCUUCCCCAGGUAUUGCAGCAAUGUCGUUCUUGCAGAAGUUCAUUGGGUGAUAACAUUAGACAGCUUUUACAUAGAAUCAGAUUUAAUGGAGCAUACGCAUAUUCUGGUGUUUCCACGGCAUCUGGCAUUACUUUUAACCAGCAGUUCUCACAUGGUGCACCGUCAAUGAUCCCUGUGUAUUUGGGUGGGAUAUCGGUAAUAGUAUGUUUCGCUGCAGCUGCUGUGUCUCUCUUGCUGGCUCUCGCAGUUGUGCCUCGGCAAGUAAUACCGUGGACUGGUUUGCUAUUGAUGUAUGAGUGGACAUUUGCAGUCUUCUUUGUAUUGUUCAGAGGUUAUCUCCAUUUGGUAUAUAAACUUGGAAGGGCAGCAGCAGUUCAAAAGGUUGCACAUGCUGACCAUGAAUCUGAGAAAGGCUGGUUGACUUGGAGCAUUGGCAUUUGAUGUGCAUAUUUUGUG